UCUCUGAGCGAGUGACAGUAGGGGAGCAGUUACUACUAAUAGGCACUUCAUUCUCAAGAAAAAACACCACAAUAUUCAAGAAUCUCGAAAGUUGUUUGGUGGCAAACUUUAUACCGCAAUUUAUUCAAGAAACAAAAAACACCACCCUAUGGUAGCACAUUGCAAUAUUCAUAGCCACAAAACUCAAUAUUUUCAGUCCAAAAUUCAAAGAAAACAAACACUUUUCAGGCAAUGAGGCCGGCUAUAGUAUUUUCCGGAGUAUUCCUUCUGGUGGCACUGUACUGUGGUCUUGACCCUUUUAAGCACAGUGCAAUUUCUGAUUUGAAAGACUUUAAGGCUUACAAAGUUGAAGUGCCAGCGUGGUCUGAAAUUCCAGUCGACAAAGACACCAAGAAUUUGCUUCAGAAAUCAGAAAACAAGUUCUUGAACCAGAUUCAGGGUCCUGAAAGUAUUGCAUUUGAUCCGCAAGGUCGUGGACCUUACACAGGUAUAGCUGAUGGGAGAAUUGUGUUUUGGGAUGGAGAGAAAUGGAUUGAUUUCGCAUAUACCUCUGCUAAUACGUCUGGCCUUUGUGACCCAAAACCAUCACCCCUGGGCUAUUUAAAAAAUGAGCACAUCUGUGGUAGGCCUUUGGGAUUACGGUUUGAUAAAAGAACUGGUGACUUGUAUAUUGCAGAUGCAUAUUUUGGGGUGAUGAAAGUAGGGCCUGAAGGUGGCCUAGCAGAAUCAUUGACAACUGAGGCUGAAGGAGUGCCUCUGGGAUUCACAAAUGACUUGGAUGUUGAUGAUGAAGGAAACAUCUAUUUUACUGAUAGCAGCACUAAGUACCAAAGAAGGAAUUUUAUGUUGUUGGUUUGCUCAGCAGAAGAUAGUGGGAGGGUUCUGAAGUAUGAUCCUAGUACUAAACGAACCACAGUUCUUAUGCGGAAUCUCCAAUUCCCAAAUGGUCUGUCAUUGAGCAAGGAUAGUUCCUUCUUUGUAUUCUGCGAAGGUGCCAAGGGCAGGUUAAAGAAGUACUGGUUGAAAGGCGAGAAAGCGGGGAGCUCAGAAGUGAUGGCAGUGCUCCCAGGAUAUCCAGACAAUGUCAGAGCAAAUGAGAGAGGUGAAUUUUGGGUAGCAAUCCACUGUCGCCGCACCAUUUACAGCUAUAUAAAUUCCAAAUACCCGCAACUUCGUCUAUUCUUGCUUAAGCUUCCUAUCCCAGUAAAGAUCCGCUCCUUCUUGCACGUUGGAGGCCAGCUACACGCUAUUGUUGUGAAGUAUAGCCCUGAAGGUAAACUGUUACAGAUAUUGGAAGAUGGAGAAGGGAAAGUUGUUAGAGCUGUAAGUGAAGUUGAGGAGAAAGAUGGGAAGCUUUCGAUGGGAAGUGUGUUGAUGCCUUUCAUUGCUGUUUACCAAACAGAAUGAGCUAACGAGUUAGUAUCUGUUUA